AUGGCUCCAAAGAAAAAGAAAAGUACCUCUGAUAAACCAGCAAAGGAGUCAAAAAAAAAGAAAAAAUCGGAAUCUUCAUCUUCGGAAACAACAAAUACUACAGUUGACACAACCAAUAGUAAUAAAAUACAAGAAACUGUACCUGAUGCACAAAUAAUAUUACAAGAAGCUGAUCAACAAGUGCUUCAGCAAGAACCAACAAAAGUAGUAUCAACAGAACAUGAAGAGACAAAAAAAAGAAAAACAUCUCCAAAUACAUCUGAUGAAGCAUUACAACAACAAGAACCUCAACGUAAAAAAUUUCAAAUAUCACUAAAAACUUUAGGAAGCAGGAACUAUAGAUUUACUCCACUUUCUUCUGAUAACUCUUCUACCUCCUCGCUUACAAAUACUGAAAAAGGGGAAAAAUGUAAAAAUACUUGUUAUAUGUGUCAAAUACAUAGACAAAGAAGUGGUGAGCCUGAACCCAUUCCAUAUGUUGAUAGAUCUGAGCAACUGACUACCUCAUAUAUGGAGGGCUUGUGUAAAUUACAUGGAGGUGGCCUAAAAUUUAAGGAAACUACUCAUAAGUCAUUAUCAGAUUUGUGUACAAAUACAAUACUGGAAGCAAAUCAAGAUAUACUAUCUGGUAGUAACAUUGACGAAAUUUUCAGAUUUGAAAAGAAAAUAGAUAUUUUAACUGGAUUACCUCCUUCUGUAGUAAUCAAAUUGUUUCCAGUCCAUUUCAUCCUAGAAGUGAUGGACAAUUCUCAAAUUAAUUCUUCACAAUCAAAAAGUCUAAAGUAUACUGAAAUGACCAAGCUUUUUCUUUCUCAAAUAUCAAAAUGUAAACUAGUUCCAGAUCUUUUCAGUGAGUUUAAAGAUCUUAAUUGUAAUUUUUAUGAUGGCUCCGUUAUAGUGCAUAUUAUUGACAUGAGAGGUCCAGAAAAUCCUUCUAAAAUGUAUCCUUUGCAAGAAAUAGUUUUACGAUCAGAACCUACAACCUUGGAAAAGGAUAUUUAUGAAUUUAUUGAUGAUAACUCUUCUUCGAACCUUUCUGUUGAGCAGAGACUGGAAAUUGUAAAAAGUAUUGUGCAUACUGUAAAAAAUGAUUUAAGUAUCAUUAGAAAGACUAAUUCUAUUUGUUUAGAUCCUAAUCCAAAAGUUAGUUUGGUUGCCAACUCUAUUCAUUACAACAAGCUAAAGGCAGAGUUUAGAAGAAGAAGAAGACCUAUUGUUCAUUUUACUCAAAAACACAAAUCACUAUCUAAUAAUCAAUCUAUGGAAGGAUUAUCAGCAACCGGAGGAGCUCCAAAACAAGAGCAUAACUUACUUAAUUUUAUUGCAAAAUCUAAAACAUGGAGUGAAAGUUUAAUAUCAAGAAAAGACAAGGCAACCCUUCUUCAUUUACCAAAUAGCUCUAUUGCUGGUAAAAAGAAGAAGCAGAAACUCUCAUCCAAACAAAAGAAAAGCAAGGAUAAUGAAACAUUUCCAAGAAAUAUUUCUUCAGAGUCAAUUCCUGCCGAAUAUGCAAAAAUUGUGGAGACAAUAUUAGUCAAUUGCAAACCACCAAAUAGGUGCCGUAUUUUAAAAUUCGAGUCAUACGACAAGACAAAAACAUGGAGAGUUGACAUUCUUCCAUAUUUAGAGAAUAGUGGAACAGAUAACACCAAAAAAUUCGAGGCAUACAUUUUACCUCCACAUACAUUCACACCAAAUAAUCAACCUGUUUUUUCACAUGAACAACCAUCUUCAUGUAUUGUUGGUGGAAGACAUGCAGCUGAACUUUAUGCAAGAAGAUUGAAAGAUAUGUUUACCAGUAACGGAAAAACUAAACUAGUAAUGGAUCAUGAAAUUGAUUUACAAACUUAUAUUACAGAUAAUAGACUCACUAAACCACCUCACCUUUUGCAAAGAUUAAGCAAACUUGGUUCUUCUUUACACAAACCUGCAGCACAAACACCUGUAACUAAUGGUCAACCACCUACAGUAGUUAAUCCAAAUGUUUCUACUCAACCAACCACAGUACCAACACCAAGCCAAUAUCCACAAGCAGGAACCAGUCAGCAAGCAACCAUGGCUUACACUAAUGUAAAUCCGCAAAUGAAUCCACGAAGUGCUACUGACAACAUUCUAAUCAAGAAGAUGUUAAGUUCAAUACCCCAAAGAGGUACACCAGUUGCUCCAAUCAAUCCAACCACUGUUAACCCAAUCAAUCCAACAGCCCAAGUAGCCACUGGUAAUCCAAUCCAACAGGUUUUCUAUCAACAGGUUCAAACAGGAAUAGCAACUACAGCACUACACUAUCUCAAUAGUGUCAUAAAUCCUCAACAAGUUCCACAAAGGGCUAACUAUGGAAUUAAUUAUGUAUUACCAAAUAGCACACCAUUUCUUGCUGCAAACAGACAGCCUAAUUCAGGCAAUCCUAAUCCCAAUAACAUAAUUAUCAAUCCAAAUCAACCAACACAAAAUAAGCAAUAAAUUAUAAUAUUUACUU